GUUUAAUUUCAAUGAUGAUUUUGAUUAGUUUACGAAAUUUAAAAGAAAGGAAAAAAAUUGGAAUAUGGACAUUUUUAUAUGCAGUUUCAAAAUAGAUGAUAAUUACAGCCUUCUAAAAAUUGUAGUAAUGGUAUGUCAACUUUUGUCCCUCCAUCCCUGGCAACCCAGUGUUUAAAAGGAAGAAAAUACGAGAGAAUGAGCAGGAUUUUUGGAAAGUUUUAAAAGUGUGUCCUGUCGCAGGAAGUGAAAAUGGCACUGGCAGCGAGGCCUCGACACCACCUGGCUCUCCACAAGCUGAGCGUGCCGGCACUGCAGCAGUAACCUCAGAGCCAAGCGGAGUGGAAGCUCUGAAGAGGCGUGCUUCUCUGGCCAAUCUGUACAGAGGUCCAGGAGGUGUUGAACUAGGCAAGGACGUUCUCAAUAACAUCACUACAUUCAGACGAAAGCAAAAGAAGGGUACAAUUGAUGUAUGGUGGCUCUAUGAUGAUGGUGGUUUGACUCUCCUGCUGCCUUACAUCCUCACAACAAGAUCACAAUGGUCUAACUGCAGCCUGCGUGUCUUUGCUUUGGCCAACCGGAAAGAUGAACUUGACAUGGAACAGAGAAGCAUGGCAAACCUGCUGGCCAAGUUCCGUAUUGACUACAGUGAUGUGAUUGUCAUUCCUGAUGUUGCCAAGAAGGCGGCUGAAUCUUCUAAAAUGGAGUUUGACCAGUUGAUCGAAGACUUCAAAGCCAAGAGCAAUGUUGAAAUUGACAAGGAAAAUGAAGGUGUAGUAAUCAGUGAAGCAGAACUUCUUGGUCAACGAGAGAAGACUAAUCGUCAUGUGCGCUUGCGUGAACUCCUUCUUGAGAACUCCAGAGAUGCUUCUCUUGUAGUGAU